UGGGGAGAUACCUCUUUAUGGCUGCAGUGUCCAUCAGAGGCAGCUAGAGCUCAAGAGAUGAGGUCAUCAGGGCAGAGUCUCCAGAUCAUCAUGCAUGGCCUCUGGGUUUGAAUUUUAUCUUGAGACAAUUGGAGAGUGAUAGAACCAUAUUUUGCAUAAUAGAAGGAAUCUUUAGGCUGCAGUGUGAGACUGGAUUGAAGAAGCCUGUACUUAGGUAGUUUCAGUAGGAUAGGAUGGAGAGGUGCUUGAAAAAUAAAACCACCAGAACUUUGUUAUUGAUAAUGUGAGCAAUUUCAGAGGCAAAUAGGAAAUCAGGCUUCUGAGUUGAGCAGCUGGUGGGGAAUGGUCACCCCCCUUCAGCUGGGGGUCCAUUCGCUGAGAGACGGCAGGAGUUGUUGGAUCGUUGCUGCAAAGCCAUAAACUGCAUCGUUGGAACCGUUGAUAUUUUGCCGUCUGUAGUGCCUGUUGGUGGACUGUGCUGAUAUUCAACUAGAGUCUAAAGGGGACUGGCUUCCUGCUGGUGACAGAUAUUGCAAGCUGUAGUACCCUUGAACGUGAUGACAGCCAUCUCCCCAGACCCUCAAACUCUGGCCUCAAGUGAACAAAACAAGGUCCUAAGAAUGGAGACUCCCGGGAAUCCAGAAGCUGUCCUAAGAGGAGACACUGCUGACCCAGAGUCUUUCAGACAGAGGUUCAGGUGGUUUUGUUACUCAGAAGUGGCUGGACCCAGGAAAGCCCUGAAUCAACUCUGGGAGCUCUGCAUUCAGUGGCUGAGACCAGACAUCCACACGAAAGAACAAAUUUUAGAGCUUUUGGUGUUUGAGCAAUUCCUGACCAUUUUGCCUGGGGAGAUCAGGAUUUGGGUAAAGUCACAGCAUCCUGAGAGUAGUGAGGAAGUGGUGACCCUAAUAGAGGAUUUGACUCAAAUGCUUGAAGAAAAGGAAGAUCCAGUGUCUCAAGAUUCUCUUAAUUCCCAAGAAGAGAACCGUGAAGAAGAUAAAACAGUUUCUGUCCCUCCAAAUACUGAGUCCUGGGAAUCCAUGACAUUGAAGGAUGUGGCUGUGAACUUUUCCAGAGGAGAGUGGAGGAAGCUGGAGCCUUUUCAGAAGGAGCUGUAUAAGGAAGUGCUGCUGGAGAACUGUAGGAACCUAGAGUUUGUGGGCUUUCCAGUUUCCAAAUUAGAUUUGAUUUCCCAGCUAACGUGGGCUGAACUACCAUGGUUGCUGCAAAAAGAAGUCUUAAAAGGCUCCAGAUCAGAGUGUAAACCUAGAGGUGAAUUGAAGGAAUCUGUUCGAAAUCAAGAUGUUCUUAUGGAAGAAUCAACUUUAGAUAAAAUAAUAGAAAGAUACCUAACGGGUGGUGAUUAUGGCUUGAUGGGAGAAUCCUCGAGACGUUAUGGCAGAUUAGAGGAGGAUCGUAGCAGUAAGGAAUAUUCGCAAGUAGCAGUCACACAAAGGAAAACUCACGGGAGAGGCAAAAAGGGUGAGGAAUUUGACCCAGAAAAGAGCUCCUAUGGAAGUAGUUUCAAGCAAACUUCAGACAUAAUUAAACAUCUGAGAGUCUACUUAAGGAAGAAAUCUCGGAGGUAUAAUGAAUGCAAGAAGCCCUUCAGUUUUCAUUCAGACCUUAUUCAGAACCGCAAAGAACACAAUGGAGAAAAGCCACGGAAGUGUAAUGAAGUCAGGAAAGUCUUAAGUCAUUCUUCAUCUCUUACUGAACAUCAGAAACAUCAGAAAAUUCAUUUGGGGGAUAAGUCCCAGAAGUGCAGUAACUGUGGGGUAGCCUUUAUUCAAAGGUCCUCCCUUAGUAGGAAAAAACACUCUACGUGUGAAAAAUGUCGGAAAGAUUUAUGUCAAGACACCACCUUGAAUAAAGAUGAGGGAACUGAGACUGAAGAAAAAACCCAUAAAUGUAGCAAAUGUGGAAAAGCCUUUGGCUACAGUGCCUCACUGACCAAACACAGGAGAAUUCACACUGGGGAGAAACCCUACAUGUGCAAUGAAUGUGGAAAAGCUUUCAGUGACAGCUCAUCACUCACACCACAUCAUAGAACUCAUAGUGGAGAGAAACCCUACAAAUGUGAUGAUUGUGGAAAAGCUUUCACGCUGAGUGCCCAUCUCAUUAAACAUCAGAGAGUUCAUACUGGAGAAAAACCGUAUAAAUGUAAAGAUUGUGGGAGACCCUUUAGUGACAGUUCAUCUCUUAUUCAACAUCAGCGAAUUCAUACUGGAGAGAAACCCUACACAUGUAAUAACUGUGGAAAAUCCUUCAGUCAUAGCUCAUCCCUUUCCAAACAUCAGAGAAUUCAUACUGGAGAGAAACCCUAUAAAUGUGGUGAGUGUGGAAAAGCCUUUAGACAGAAUUCUUGCCUUACCAGACAUCAGAGAAUUCACACUGGAGAAAAACCAUAUUUGUGUAAUGAUUGUGGGAUGACUUUCAGCCAUUUUACAUCUGUCAUAUAUCAUCAGAGACUUCAUUCAGGAGAAAAACCCUACAAAUGUAACCAGUGUGAGAAAGCCUUCCCUACCCAUUCACUCCUUAGUCGUCAUCAGAGAAUUCAUACUGGUGUAAAACCUUAUAAAUGUAAAGAAUGUGGCAAAUCCUUCAGUCAGAGUUCAUCUCUUAAUGAGCAUCAUCGUAUUCACACUGGAGAGAAACCCUAUGAAUGUAACUAUUGUGGAGCGACCUUUAGUCGAAGCUCAAUCCUUGUGGAACACCUGAAAAUUCAUACUGGAAGGAGAGAAUAUGAAUGUAAUGAGUGUGAGAAGACAUUUAAAAGUAAUUCAGGCCUCAUCAGACAUCGGGGAUUUCAUUCUGGAGAGUAAUUCUUGGAAGAUAGUAGGGUGGGGGGAAACUUAGUCAAAAUGGUCCCUUGUUAAAAAUCUGGGAUGUAAACUACCACAGCAUUAAUUAGUAGCUGCGACUUGGAUGGGUUGGCAGCUAGGAAAAAUAUACUUUUUCCCAUUCACCCCUCUUUCAAGGAUGUCAACUUUUAGUAGAUGGUCGUUAGGGUUGAUGAAGUCAUGUGGAAAGUGAAGAAAGUAGUAUGAGAUGAGAAAUGAUUCUGAAAGGCCAAAUGUGAAUUUAAAAAGCAGGGGAGGGGUGCACGGGACCCACCUUAUAACCUCUUUUCUUCAGAUUUCCCUCCCUUCUAGCCUCCUCUUCCACUGCCAUGUAGUGUAAUAGAAAGAGAGCUUGACCUGGGUCAGAUAGCCUAGGUUCUGUCCCAAUUUGCUGACCCACUAGCUUUGUAACCUUGGGCAAAUCAUUUGACCUUGCUGAAUUUUAGUUUCUUUACUGGUAGAAUGAAGGGGUGGGGCUAAUGAUUUUUGAGUUUUGUUUUUUUUUUUUUUUUUUUUGUACCUCUGAUAUUUUCUGAAGCUGUGGGAAUAAGUUAAACCUUUUCAUUGGAAUUUUCAAGUUUCUCUAGUAGAAAAUUACUCAUUUAGGAUACUGAAUGCUUAGAAUGCAGUAUGUUUUUGGAAUAUUUGACACCGGAAUUACUAGAAUGUUAUAAACAGAAACAAGUCAGCGAAGCCCAAACAAGUUUGCCUUCAGGGAACGUUUUAAUUGGACAAAGCAUCCCAGCCUGUUUUUCCUCUGGGCAUUGGCUGAGGGAUUGAGAAUCUCGAAGGCGUGCACCUGAGCCAUCUCAGCCAUGGGAGUAACUGUCCUAGGAAAACAGAUUGGGGGUUGUGGGAGGUUGGGAGGAAAUGAGUGCUGAAAACAGAGCUAUUCUGGACAGAUUGCCUUUUGCAAAAUAGAAUUCUAUUUUUAAAAAUUUUGCCUUUACUAAGUACAGCUUCCUGUAGUCGGAGUGUAAACAUUCUGUAUGACAAAGGUCACAAGCUAAGAUUGGGCUCCUUGACGUGUUUUCAUUGGUCUGCACAGGAAGGUGUGUGUGCUUGUGUGUGUGUAUGUAUGUAUGUAUGUAAUUGUGUGUGGAGUUAGUUGCCACCAUUUAAAAACUGGAUUUCACCCAAAAAAACAAAAAGGCUUGUCUUGAAAAAUACAAAGGCUGACAACACUGGCCCAUAUUUUGAUGGCGCAGUAGCUGGUUGUGGUAGCAGUGGCUACCUUUAGAUGGGGAAUCUACUCUUCUACUUGCCAAGUUCUCUCGCUUAUAUAAUGUGACUUGCCCGCUGUAGGAAUUUGGUAUGAUCCCCUACCAUCUGGAGAAGAUGUAUCCUAAACUCUCAAGAGGCUGCAUUGAUAGUGAGAUUCAGGAAAAGAAUGUAGAAAUGAUACAGAAUAAAUGUUCAGUUAAGUUUUCUCUUGUGAAAUUAGACCUUAAAGGAAUCGAGUAUACAGAAUUUAGUGGAUUAUUCCUUACAAAUUUCAUUGGUGGAGUCGAAUAAUAACUUCUAACUGUGAACAAGGAACUAAAAAGCCGAAGUCCGUUAGGUUUGGGUCUCAGGUGAUAGGGUUCUGGAGGAGCCCCACUGACUAAAUGAGGGUAUAAAGUUCCUAAAGUUGACAUUUGAGGCCGCUCCUAUAAAAAGAGAAUGAAACCAGAAGACUCACGGCUUAUCGAAGUGAGAAGAUACUUAAUGCUCAUCUGAGACUCGGCAAUAUCUGCUAUGACUUAAUGGGUUUAGGUUUUCAGUGCUACCUCUGGAUAAUAUUUUUAUUAUUUCUUUCUUGUGCCUUCACUUCCCCCAAAUCCUGUAGUUCAGAUGUUGCUGUGUGAUAAACUGAUUUGCACAGUUAUUGCUAAAUGGACCAACCAGGGAAAUUUUAGCCAUGGAAGGAAUAUGGCUUAUGAGAACCAUUUACCCUGGUUUAAGUUUUUUUCUGAAAAGACGUAAACCUUGGUUUGUUUCUUUUGAAAAGAUACAAUUUAUAGAAAUUAAAUAUGUAAAAAUUCUUGAAAAGAGGCUUGUUCCAGGAUGUUUACUAGUUAUAUUUCCUAAUUCAUAAGAGGAUGUUUUAUACCAAUAUCAGUUGGGAAUCUGGAACAUAAACUUUUUUUUUUUUUAACAACUCUCUUGAGGUAUAAACUACAUAUCGUAAAAAUCAUUUCAAGUGUACAGUUCAAUAAGUUUUAGCAAAUUCAUUGAGUUGUGCAAUCAUCACCGUUAUUUAGAACAUUUUAUCACCUCAGUAGGAUCAUUCAUGUUCAUUUA